AAUAGAGGACUUUAUGUAAGCCUGACAUGUAGUGUUUGAAGCCUCUCUGUUUAUAUGAUUUUACGGAAGUCUUCACGUACAUACAGGUUUUGCGUACACGUAUGAAAUCCGUUUGAUGUCAGGGGUGACCGUUAACCGGAGAUAUGUUAGCGGAAGUUUGGAUGUCGUGUUUUGCGCUUCACCGGCGGUGCAGCAGGCAGCGGGUCUUCAAGCAGGAAAAAGCGCCAACUUCUCCUGCACCGUGUGAAUCGUCAAACACGCAGUAAAUGACUCCUGGGCUGGAUAUUCAGUGAGAUUUAAAACCAAACUUCAAUCUGGAAUGACUCGCUCGGCAGGGGGCGCUGUUGUAUCUCACUAGAUCAAAGUCGCCCUCGGGGUAAGUUAACGGAGAGAAAGAUGCCGGGCCUGCAGGGUGAGAGUGUUGUGGCAGCGCAUGGGAGCCCCGUCAAGAGGAGUAAACUGUCUCUGAAGUUCCUCCAGAAGAAAGAAACCAAGCGGGCUCUGGAUUUCUCUGAACCGCAGACAGAUGAACCCAAAACGGCUGAAGCAGUGGAGCCUGAGGCAAGCAGCUGUGAUCAGAUGGUCCCUGGUCCUUCUCAGUGUCCAGCCUCACCCGGCCUGCUCCUGCCGUGUGACAAGAGGGAGAACUUGGUGCCCUUUGUGGGCCUCAACAACCUGGGCAACACCUGCUAUCUGAACAGUGUCUUACAGGUGCUGUACUACUGCCCGGGGCUCAGAGAAGGCAUAAAGAAACUGUACGAGCUGUCUAAAAGAAAAGACAAAUCAAAGGAAGAAACGGAUCAAAGCGAAGAGCAGUCAGAAGCUGUAGCUGAGGAUUUGCCGGUUCAAAUCGAGCUCCUCGGGAGCUUCAGCAGUCUGAUAACGUCCGUGGAGCAGCUGCAGUCCGGCUUCCUGCUGAACCCCGACAGCUUCAGCGAAGGAGAGCUCGCCACACCGCCUCGUAAAAUACUCCACACACUCAGGCAGCUGAACCCCAUGUACGAAGGUUAUCUUCAGCAUGAUGCUCAGGAGGUGCUGCAGUGCAUCCUGGGAUAUAUCCAGGAGGCUUGUGAUACCAUCAGGAAGGAGCAGGAGAUGGAGAAGAAGGACGAUGACGUGACUGAGGUCAAAACUGAGAAUGGUGUCCAUCUGAGCUCCAACAGCUCUGGGGCAGAAAACUCCCCCACAGGAGAGGACGGCCAAGUCGGCGGCAAGAGGAAGAGUGACACUGAAGUGGGAAAUGCCAAAAAGAAGCCAAAGUCUGUGAAGUCUAAGAAAUCUGAUCCAGAAGAGGGAAUAAUAAAUAAACCCGUCUCUCGCUCCAAAAGGAGGUCCUCCGGCGACAUCACAAUACACAGCACCCAAGAUCAGACAAGAGAUGGGGACGCAGAGGAGGAAGAAGGGAGUGACGGUGAGGGGAAAGGUGAGAAGGCAUCGAAGGAGGCAGAGGGGAAAAGGAAGAAGAAGAGUAAGCUGAGCUGGCUGAGGCCUUCUGGGAAACAACCAAGCAUUUUCUCCAAGUUCCGCAGCGUGGGGAAGAUCACCUGCACGACGGUGAAGAACCAGAACAAAGCAGAGCAGGAGAACGGACUGACUGACGAGCACAGGCAGAACGAGAAGAGCAGCGAGGAGAGACCCCCACAACACACGGCUGAAGACAAGAAGGCAACCAAACCUCAAGAUUCAGAGGGUCUGGAUCUGAUGGAGCGCCUGUUCCAGGGUCAGCUGGUUCUGAGGACUCGCUGUCUGGAGUGUGAGAGCUUCACAGAGAGGAGGGAAGACUUCCAGGACAUCAGCGUCCCCGUGCUCGACGACCAACCCAGCAGCCCAGACGACCUCUCUGAGGUCUCUCCUGAUCCUAAACCAGAGCUGAAGACUCUGAAAUGGGCCAUCGGACAGUUUGCUUCAGUGGAGCGCAUCGUCGGGGAGGAUAAAUACUUCUGUGAGACCUGUCAUCAUUACACAGAGGCCGAGAGAAGCCUGCUGUUUGACAAGACUCCUGAAGUGAUCACCAUCCACCUGAAGCGCUUCUCUGCCAACAGUUUAGAGUUGGACCCGUAUGCAGGUCUGUCUAAGGUCAACACUCCCCUGCAGACCCCUCUGACCUUGUCUCUGGAGGAGUGGUGUACCCGGCCCUCGUCUGCAAAGGGUCAACACUAUCAGCUGUUCGCCGUGGUCAUGCACAGCGGCGUCACCAUCAGCAGCGGCCACUACACCGCCUACGUCCGCAUGUCUGAGCUGAAAGACGUGAAGCUCUGGCUGCGGGACGGAAAAGAAAUGAAGGAGGAGGAAGAGGAGAAGGAAAGUAAAGAGGGAACGAGGGUGAAAGACGAAGUGCUGGACUUUGAUGACGGGGAAGUGUCGUUCAGCUUGAAUACAAGAAGAGGAGCAAGUCUGGCUAGCAGCAAGACAGGAAGUAAGAAGCUGUCAGAGGGCGGGGUUGGACUCUUGGGUGGCCAGAGGAGUUUGUCCAGUUAUGACCUCGGGAACAGCAGCAAACACGCAGAGAAAGCAGCCGGCAGCGGAGCAACAGAGGGAUCCAAACGGAGGAAAACCAUCAGCCUGAGCCAAAACACUGAAGCAGGACUUAAAAAGGAGCCUGGAGCAGGAGAGGAGGCUUUGAACAGCCUCCUUGAAUACGAGGGCAAAUGGAUGCUGUUCGACGACUCUGAGGUGCGUUUGUUUGAGGAGGAGGACUUCCUGCGAGCCUGCUCUCCCGAGACCUGCUCCUCAUCAACGCCUUACCUGCUGUUCUACAGAAGAAUGCCUGAACCAGGAGACUAACGCGAACACCAGGACCACUGUCGGAUAUUUGGCAGCUGAGCACUCAGGCAGAGGACACUACAAACGGUGCUGAAAAUACUGUGGCUGCCAUGUUGGCACCUGAACUGAGGACAGACUGCAACAGUCCGGUCCCGCUUUGGGACCAAAGCUUCUCAUGGACUUGUAUGCCGGGACAGACACAUGUGCCAGGGAAGACUUUUUUUUUUUUUUGGAUGAGAUUCUCACUCUGUAAACUUUAAACUGUUUGGUGUCUGUAUUAUUUCUUGGACACUGGCGUUGAUGAUUUUUGUCAGUCUAUAACAUGUCCCCCUUUGUUUUAUUUUUUAUGUUUCCUUUUUACAAAUUGGAAAAGCACUUUUGAACUAAAAUUUGAAAAUGCAAAAUGUUUGAGGAAUGUUUUUCUAACCGAUUUUCCUUUUCUAUAAUCCAUCACAGGUCAGUGCUGUGCAUAUCUGGAAUACAUUCCUUAACUAAAAGCCAAAAUAAGUCCUUACAAAGCAAUGCAGCAUGUCCUUAGUGAUGCUGCAGAUUUUUAUUUCUGCAAUAUUUUCAGUAGUUUUGUAGACAAGCCUUUGCCUAACUCCCAUAUCAGCGUCUCAAAGUUUUACACUGAUUCCCUGUUUUUAUGUUUUUACAUACAUUUUAAAAAAUAUAUAUAAAUCCGAAGCCUCAAAUCGAUGCAAACUAUGCAAGAAAAAUCUAGUGUUGGACAGACUUUAACAUUUACAAUAUUGGGAUAUUUUUACAUACAACACACUAAAAUGUGAAGUAGCUGUCCAUAUUUAGUUGGUUGUGUUUCUACUCAAACGGUUCAUGCUGCUGACUCCCACUCAGCUCAGACAUCAGAAGCUUCAAGGUGCCAAUUCAGAGUGAAGAUGUGUGAAUAUUUUAAAUGUAUGUCGUCAGUAAGCUAUCAGGUUUUUAUAAAGAUACAUUUAGCAAAAUUAUAUUUUAAAAAAAAAACUGCCUCAUUCAUCUUUCAUAUCUAAUUUAGUUUGUAACAAUUUGCAAAUCCGGAUCUGCUGUUUCAAAGUGUUCCUCAACACAAGAUCAGGAUUUCGCUCUCAUACCUUCAUAACUUGUCCCUGUGAACGCUCAGAUAAUGACUAUCCUACUGAUCAAGCCUAUCCUACUGUGUUGUGCAUGUUCAGUGUUUGUUGUAAAUAUAUCAUAGCUUCACAACUGAAAGAUAUGGUCAUAUGGUGUAGUUCAGUGAAGGUGGCAUUGUUCAUCU